ACCAUCUGUUAACAUUAACAUUACAAAAGUGGUGAAAAAUAUGGAAAAUAUUAUGUGGUUGUGAAAAUUUUGUAGUCAAAUUGAAAAUAGUGAAAUAAUUUAAGUAUAUUUUACUUAAUCCAAUUCAAUAUGGAUUCGUAUACCACAAAAUUAGCUGUAAGGGAUAGUUUAGAUGAUGAAGAUUUAAGUGAUGUUGACGAUGAAGUCUUUAUUAGGGAUGGUAAAAAUGGAUCAAAGCUUGUUGAAGACAGGGGCGUUAAACGGCCUCUUAUGGCACCAAGAAGAAAAAUUUGUAAAGAAGGUAUUCGAAAUCGACAUGCACCAUGUCGGAUUAAAUGUGUAUUUUAUUGUUAUGCUGUAAUUGCUUUAGUAGUUCUUUUAGGCUUAAUUGGAUUGACUGUGUUAAUUGUAUCUAUAUAUCCUUUACCAAUGGAUCGGAUACGACCGUGGUUCUCUCAAUCAGUACCAAGACCACUAAGUUCAAAUUUAUUAAGGCCAUGCACAUCAUUUCGAGUUACAAAUAUGUGGAAUGUUACAAUACCAAAAAGGUCUACAGAAUCCUCAAUUCGUACUGUGGAUGUAAAUGAAGAUGGUAUUCAAGAUAUGAUCCUCGGUUUUCAAACAGAGAGCGGCCCUAAACCCUUUCCAUAUUUGUGCACAAUGUUUUUUACAAAACAAGUAGUGUGUCAAGGUGGUGUAAUGGCUUUAGAUGGAAAUAAUGGGGAAUUAUUAUGGGAAUACUGGACGGCACAUCCCGUUUACUACAUAGAUUGUUCGGCAGAUUUAACGGGUGAUAAAAUUAUGGAUUGUAUUGCAAUGGGCCGCGGAGGUUUUUUGUGUGCUUUAGAUGGGCGAAAUGGCACAUUAAUUUGGCAAUUUACCAAUAAAAUUGUUAAAAAUUCUAUUAUUGAUUAUUUAGUUGGACAAUUGAUCCAUGAUCAAGAUGGUGAUGGAGUUGUUGAUGUGAUUAUUUCACAUACGGCCCAAAAAGGAAAAAUUCGUACUGGUCACUUGGUUUUAAUAUCUGGAAAAACUGGAUCAGAAAUUGUAGAAAUUCCAACACCUAGUAAUCGAGAAACUUAUUAUAUGCCCCAAUUGUUAAAGCGUAACAUAAAAAAUAAUACAAAUUCCGGUGUGAAUUCGACCAGAGAACAAAUGAGUGACACUGUAGGUAUUUUAUUUGGAACUGGGGGUCAGGAUACACCAGGUGCUUUGUAUGUGAUACCUUUAAAUGGAUUUUCAGCAGGGAAAAAACACUUAAUGAAACCAACGUUACUUUAUCAAGACAAGCACAAAGGUAUUUUAACACCAGCUGUACUGGUCGACAUUACUGGUGACUCUACGGAUGAUAUAAUAUUUUCGACAUUUAAUGGAAGUGUAAUUGCCAUGGAUGGUGUUAAUUAUAAACAAAUUUGGAAUUAUACUUUUAAUAAUUCCGAAACAUCAGCAGCAAUUGUACCGGGAUAUUUUAAUGACGAUAAUGUUACAGACUUUAUGGUUAAAUUUAAUGUGGGUAAUGGUUUUCCAGAAUAUUUCUAUGCACAGACUUUUCUAUUAGACGGAAAAACAGGAAAAGAUUUAUUACAUAAAUGGGUGAUUGAUAGUGGUCCUAGUGAUUUGGCUGGAUUAUCUAUAUCAGUUCAAAAUCGUGGAUUAGAUUUAUUUUUGUAUUGGAUUGGGGUGUGUAAAGGAUUUGAAGAUUCAAGUGACGUUUUCGACGAGUUUAACUUUGUUUUAGGAAAAUCUGUUUGGGCAGAAAGUCGUGCUGACCUAUGUCAAAUGCGUUUUAAUUCAACGUUAAUUCUAAAGCUUUACGCUCUUAACCAGUAUGAAGAGCCUCCAGGAAUUUUAAUUUAUUCCACAGAAAAUGCAAAUGAUGAAUAUAAUAAAUCAUACAGUUCAUUAUCAGAGGCGAAAAGGUUUUUGGAUGAACAUCCAGAUUUUGAAUUUCCAAUUUUAAACAAUAGACGUACCAACGUUGAAAUACCCAUAGACGAAUUGUAUGGAAAUAUUGAAAAUCCGGCUUUAUAUCAAAAUGGCGGUAAGCCUAAUCCUGCUGGUGUAUCUCCAAGUAAUUUUCGCCAUAAGGCACCUGGUGAAGGUUUAAUUCGUGAUUUUUCUAAAACAGAUUUUACAAAAAACCAACCUCAUGGAUCACCUCAGCAUAUCCAUAUUCAAGGUGAUGAGACACCUUCUGAAGAAUGGAUGCAAUCACCAGAUUGGCAAAAUGAACAAUAUCCCCAAGAAGGCACAUUACCUUUGGAUCCAAAUUUAUCAUUGCCCGAAGAGGAUAUAUAUGAUGAUGAAAUAGAUCCUAGAAAUUCCGACAGAAGUUAUUUAAGAGCACAAAAUCGUGAUCCCCGUAGUAAAGACAAAUAUGAAGAAUUACAAAAUAGUACUAUGCCAACCUCAAACAAAACAGAAAAUUUAACAAACAAAGAACCUCAAAUUUCACCUGAAAAUGGUUCAUCAGGCGUUGAAAAACGAUUGUUAAAAAAUUUAAAUAAUUACGAUGAGUAUGCAAAUAUACAAAAUGCUCGAAAUCGUUUGCUGCAUGACUUAAGUAAUGUACCACGGGAUAUACUACGUCAAUCAUACUUAGAAAAUGCAGAACGUGAGUUAGAAAUGAUAUCAAAUGAAUUAGAGAAUAAAUAUCGUAAUAGAAAUAAUAAUAAGUUUCAACAACGUGAUUUACGAUAUCGCCAAAAGAAUUAUCAACAAAUGUCAAGUGUUAAGAAAGAAUUAGAAAGUAUGUAUGAUGAACGUAGACGAGAAAGUUUGUGGGAUUUAGAAAGCGAAAAAGAACAAGAUGACAAGGAGCAUGGUUAUUGGCGUGGUAAACGUGAAAUGAUAAAUUAUAAUCGUUACGUACCAAAAAUUGAUAGCACAGGUGUGUUAUUAGAACCGUUGAAAAAAUUAGAUAAUUCAAUCGACUACGUAUUUGCCAAAUUCUGGAUACCUGUACAAAAUAAAGCACAAAUUUUAUUACCAAUCGACAAAGAGUGUAUUGAUAAAAAAAUGGAAGCUGCUAAAUGGUCAAAUGAUAAAUAUCAUAAUUUGGAAAAAUCAACUCAACAAGAUUUAUUCAUUAAAAUGUGUCUACAAAAACGUGGAAUUGAUUUAUCUGAUUCCAUAAAGGAAAUUUCUGGAAAUAGUAAAUUGGAUGACACACGAUAUUUAAAUGAUGUCAUUGAAUUGAGUUUAGGGCAACUAACGAUACAACGUAUUAAUAUUCAGUGCGAUUGUGGACCGUUAUUAGAUUACGAGACAUGUGGACAAAUAUUGAAUAUACAAGAUCAACGUUGGACGGAAUUUUUGGGUGAAAAUGGUAAAGGGUAUUUCAAAGUGUCAAACUGAAUGGAGCGAGAGAGAAUUUUUUCAAGAAUAUAUGAUGAGACUAUAAUCUAUGAUUUUUUAAUAUCUAUAUUUUAAUAACAUGUUUUCGACCUUUUUGAGGAAGGAAUCUUUAUGUAACACAUUAAUUGGGGAAAAAAUUACCCAAAGGAGAAUCACCAAAAAUUAUCUGGUUGAUUAAAAAAAGCCUAUUGUUGUAUAAAAAUGGCUAAUUUUGUACCUAUAUGUCAGACGACGAUAAAAAAAUUUGAGCAAAGCCAUAGUAUAAACUUUUGAACCUUUUCCAACUUCUGUUCUUCUUAAUUUAACUAUAACUUUUAUUUUCACAAUAUAAAUUUAUUCGCAGGAAAGCGGACAAGGUCGUGUUUAAUAAUUAUACUACAAUUAUUAUUUCAGCAACGUUUCAAUCUAUUUAUUGGAUCUUCAUCAGACAUAUCUAAAAAAAAUGUUUUCAAAUUUGUGAUU